GCUAUGGAUAAUUCAUAUCAUUUCAAUCAACGAAACUCAUGUAACGGACUUCCAUCUGAGAAGAAAAACAACUUCCUUGUAUCCGAAGAUCAUGGACAGAAAAUCUUAAGUGUACUGCAGAAUUUUAGAGAACAAAAUGUCUUUUAUGAUUUCCAAAUAAUCAUGAAAGAUGAAAUAAUCCCAUGUCAUCGCUGUGUCUUAGCAGCGUGCAGUGACUUUUUCAGGGCUAUGUUUGAAGUGAACAUGAGAGAGAGAGACGGUGGGAGCGUCACCAUCACUAAUCUGUCCUCCAAAGCCGUGAAGGCGUUCCUUGACUACGCCUAUACCGGGAAAACACAGAUAACAGAUGAUAAUGUGGAAAUGUUCUUCCAGUUGUCCUCAUUUCUUCAAGUCUCCUUCCUAGCCAAAGCUUGCAGUGACUUUUUAAUAAAAAGUAUUAACCUUGUCAACUGUCUGCAGUUACUAUCAAUGUCCGACAGCUACGGCUCCCCCCGCUUGUUCGAUCACGCACUGUACUUUGUACAGAACCACUUUUCCUUGCUAUUUAAGUCCAGUGAUUUCUUAGAGAUGAAUUUUGGAGUCCUGCAAAAAUGUCUGGAGUCAGAUGAGUUAAAUGUCCCUGAAGAAGAAACUGUCCUGAAAGUUGUCCUUAGUUGGACCAAACAUAACUUAGAAUCGAGGCAAAAGCAUCUGCCUUAUUUAAUUAAAAAAGUACGAUUACAUCAGUUAUCUGAGGAGACCCUUCAAGACUGUCUGCUCAACGAAGAGUGUUUACUCAAAAGCACAAACUGCUUUGACAUGGUCAUGGAUGCCGUUAAGUGUGUGCAAGGUUCUGGUGGACUCUUCCCUGAUGCUCGGCCAUCCACCACGGAAAAAUACAUAUUUGUUCACAAAACUGAGGAAAAUGGAGGCGACCAAUAUACAUUUUGCUAUAAUAUCAAUAGUGACUCGUGGAAAGUGCUGCCACAGUCACAUCUGAUCGAUUUGCCAGGGUCUAGUCUGUCUAGUUACGGAGAGAAAAUAUUCCUGACAGGAGGCUGCAAAGGGCCAUGCUGCAGAACUGUCCGGCUUCAUAUCGCGGAGUCCUAUCACGAUGCGACCGAUCAGACCUGGUGCUACUGUCCAGUGAAAAACGAUUUCUUCCUGGUAUCAACUAUGAAGGCACCAAGAACCAUGCACACGUCAGUUUUGGCUCUCAAUAGAUUAUUUGUCAUUGGUGGGAAGACCAGAGGGUCUCAGGACAUUAAAAGUCUCUUAGAUGUUGAGUCUUACAACCCUCUUUCCAAAGAAUGGCUAUCUGUUAGCCCGUUACCCCGGGGCAUAUACUAUCCCGAAGCGAGUGCAUGCCAGAAUGUCAUCUAUGUUCUUGGAUCAGAGGUAGAGAUUACAGAUGCCUUUAACCCAUCACUCGACUGCUUCUUUAAAUACAACGCGACCACUGACCAGUGGUCGGAACUGGUAGCAGAGUUCGGGCAGUUUUUUCAUGCAACCCUGAUUAAAGCUGUCCCGGUCAACUGCACGCUGUAUAUAUGUGACCUUUCCACCUACAAGGUGUAUAGUUUUUGUCCAGAUACUUGCGUCUGGAAGGGGGAAGGCUCUUUUGAAUGUGCAGGCUUUAACGCAGGUGCAGUUGGGAUCGAAGAUAAAAUCUAUAUCUUAGGUGGUGAUUACGCACCAGAUGAAAUCACAGAUGAAGUGCAGGUCUACCACAGCAGUAGAUCUGAAUGGGAAGAAGUCUCACCGAUGCCAAGAGCCUUAACUGAAUUUUACUGCCAGGUGAUUCGGUUCAAUAAAUACAGAGACCCGUGGUUUUCUAAUCAUUUCUGA